AUGGUUGAGCAGAUGCGUGAAGUGGCCAAAUACUGCAUUAUCGAUGCUCUUAGCUGUCAACGAUUAAUAGUCAAGUGCAAUGUAAUCAAUAUUUAUAGGGAGCUAGUAACUAUAGCCUUCUUACCAUUAUUUGAUGCGUAUUAUUUUGUGAGGGGGCUUGAAAAUAAACAUCCUAUAACUGGCUUAGACUUUGCAUCUUUGUAUCCAAGUCUUAUCAUGACAUACAACCUCUCACCUGAUAAAAUCAUUUUAUCUCAAAAGCAUACUGAACAAAGUGGUAAAAAGCUCCACAAAAUUAGUUUUAAAUUCAAAGAUCAGAAUAUUCUCAUAUGGUCUAUUCAGCAUAAUAACCUUCCUAAAGAAAAGGCUCUCUAUGCUAAUGUGUUAGAAUAUUUAUUUGCUAAACAAAAUGAGAUAAAAAAAUGUUUUGCUUCUUUAAAAGAAAAAAAGGAAAACAUGGAACUAGUAAUAGCUUCAAUAGUGUACAUGAAUCCAUUUUAUAGCACCGCUAGAGAUAGUAGAUCUCCUUUUUUCUUACGUGAGCUUGCUGGAAGUGUCACAUCAGCUGGGCAGAAAAACAUCAAACUUAUUGCAGAUUUUAUUAAAAGCAGGGAAAUCUCUAUGGGAGAAAUAGAGAAACUUCGUGAUGAAAUUAAUGACUUUCUCAGGAAAGAUAAUGGAUCUCCUUAUCUCAAAAUGGCAUAUGAGAAAGUUUUAUUUCUG